AAACUAUGUGAAGUCUUAAUUUUUAACCAGGCACAUUUGUAUUGGACAGUGUCUGUGACAACCACUGACCACUUGAAUUGCAUUAACCUCUAUAUGCAAGAACUCAGCACAAAUUUGUAAGUGUCUUAAAUUAAGUAUUGACAUAAACUUUAAAAAUUUUCUACAUCUUUUACAAGAAAAUACAUCACGGUACUUUUUUGACACACUUUGCAUUGUAGCUCUUGUUUCUUGCUUACGGAACCAGUCAACAACUACAAUACUUGUGUAAGUGGACAAAAUGGCAAACAAGGCACAAGAGCAUGCUGUGAUCAAUAUGAAAUCUGUGCAGGAGAUUGCUAAGCAGUUAGGCUUUGAGUGGACCAUUCUGGCAUUUGAACUUGGAUUCAGCAGGAAUGAAGUCAGACAGUUUCAUGCCACAUCCAAAGAAAAGAGGGUUCAGAUACAGAGAAUGCUGGAAUCAUGGUAUGAGCGCUCAUGGGACAAACCAAACAAAACCAAGCUGCUGCAGGAUUGUCUAGAGCAAGCAGGCCAUCGUGACCUGGCUGAGAAACUGCGCUGCCUGCACUGGGGCCACCAGAAGCUCAGUCUCUGCCGCAGAGUGGAACUGCCUUCUGCUUUCCCCUUCAUCAUUACAGUUCAUAAGACCAUUGACAACAAAGAUGCCUUGAGCAGGGUAAAUGUGAUUAAUCGCAGUUAUAAUUAAGACAGUUUGGCGAAGAAAAUAAUAAACGAUAGAAUUGGGUCCAAAAGUUUGAGAACAAUAAUGAAAAUGCUUCUAUUUUGCCUUCUUUUCUAAUUACAUUUUUUUUUUUUUUGUUUUGUUUUGGUACUACAAGUUAUAUUAUCAGAAUAACUAUUUGAGGGAAAAUUUAACUCACAAAUAUUGAAAAUUUUUUGGUAUUUGGUAUAUUCCCCUUUUGCUUUAAUACAAGGUGGUAUGGUCUCCAUGGUCUAUCCAGCAUAAUUUAAAAAUGCUCCAAUGAGAUGAGAAAUCUCACCUUUUAUACAAAGAAGCAAACAUGGUCAAUGUCACAAAUUUGCUUUACAUCUGAUUAGUGACCUAGAAACACUUUUUCUUUUACAUAAAACAUUUUAAAACUUUGUUUAUGUCCAGGCUUAAAUUAAUAAAAAUGAAUACAUCUGA